UAUGCGCGCAAAAGUGCUAACGCCUUUCCCCCGCCCGCGCAGUCACCGCCACCUCAUCAAUGACUUGCACUCCCUCCUGCCCCAUAGCCGCAAGGACGCCAAACUCGACACCAAGACGAAGCUGUACCAGCUCAACGAGGUCGCCGAGCUGUACAACUGCAACAACGUCAUGUUCUUCGAGGCCCGCAAGGGCAAGGACCUGUACCUAUGGAUGAGCAAGCCGCCCAACGGGCCGACGGUCAAGAUGCACCUCCAAAACCUUCACACCAUGGAGGAGCUGCACUUCACCGGCAACUGCCUCAAGGGCUCGCGCCCCAUCCUCUCCUUCGACGCCGCCUUCGACAAGCAAGCCCACCUCCGCGUCAUCAAAGAGCUCUUCCUGCACACCUUCGGCGUCCCCAAGGGCGCGCGCAAAACCAAGCCCUUCAUCGACCACGUCAUGGCCUUCACCGUCGCCGAAGGCAAGAUCUGGAUCCGGUGCUACGAGGUCAGCGAGAGCGAAGCGGAAAAGGCCAGCAAGAAGGCCAAGGACGGCGAGGAGGACAUGGACGUCGACGACGCCGCGCCCAAGAAGGGCGCAAACAAGCACGAGACCAAGGCCUCGCUCGUCGAGAUCGGCCCCCGCUUCGUCCUCACCCCCAUUGUUAUCCAGGAGUCUAGCUUUGGCGGCCCCAUUAUCUACGAAAACAAGGAGUUCGUCUCCCCCAACCAGAUCAGGUCCGAGCUGCGUCUUUCAAAGGCCGGCAGGCACAACCGCCGCGCCGAGCAGGGCCUGGAGCGCAAGACCAAGCGCGGCGACCUCGGCCUCGUCAGCGAGGGCGGCCGCAAGAAGGAGAAGGAUGCGCUGGACGACAGGGUUCUCUUUGCAUAGUGGUAGUAGUCGGUGGACAGAUUUUGGUCCAAG